AUGGACCUGGAGUUGAUCCCGAUCUACCUAAUCACGUCGAUCCCCUUCUUCCUCAUCGUCUACUUGCUCCUAAAACUCUACAACUCUCACCAGCUCAAGCAAAAGAAACUUAGUCAAGGUAUUGGAAGAGGGGUUGCAGGAUUUCAAACUGGCGUCAGAAGGGUGGCAGUACCUCAGGAAAUCUUAGACCGGAUUCGACGCGGGGAAGAGGUUAGUGCUGAGGAAAUCACCAGAGCACAGGAAAAGAUGGCCACGAAGUCACGAGAUCAGAGUAGUGCCGGCAGUGAUGAUGAUGCCAACAGAAAAUCUAAAACAAAACCAACAUCGAAAAUUUUCAGAAUACCUGCUACAUCGGUCGUGGAGGCUCUGUGGUCAUUCUAUUAUUGUCAGAUCGCUUGGGGCAGUCAUUGCUUCUUACUAGGCUUCAACGGCAUCUAUCGGAAGAUAACAGAAAUGCAGCGACUCAGCGUCUUCGAAAGAGUCGAACAAUUAGUCGAGAAUAUGAGAGUUGACAGUACUCCCCUGAAUGGCGCUUGGAAGUCAAAAGGUAGCUGA